ACCCUGACAUGAUUGAGGGUUAUAGAGAAUAACCUUACGGUCCGGUGUAGUGCUGCAACGGUGGCUGGACGACGUAUAAGAUCGGACACGCAGUUCCUUGAGACGCAGAGGCACGGUUCUGUGUCUUGGAAUGCCCAGGAUCACCGUAUGAUCUGGCAAGCCGAUACGAGGAUGUUCGGACAACGAAGAGUGAUUGGCAGCCUGUUCUUCAAAGGCGCCAACGAGACAAAUAUCUGGGCUCCACAAGGGGAUUCUGAACCUGAAUAUCCUGGCAACAGAAGGUCUGUGCCGCAAGGAAAUCGCGUAAGCCUCUCAUCAGCGACAAGGCUCAGGGUAAAAAUCAAAAGACAUACUAUGGACAGUAGUGUCAUUCAUGAGACUCGAAUGCGCUUCAGUCGACCGCAUGUCAUUGCUAUCGUCGAUGUCGGACGAUACUGCUCGUCGACCAACCAACAACGUAUACCAUACAUUUUAGAGCCACAGAAAAGUAUACAUCCUUAUCGCACUAUCAGCUAUCAUGAAGCUUGAAGGCAGCAGUAUUGCCAAGGAUGACGCUUACCUUCCGGAAGUCACCAUUAUCGCUGUCCUUCUCGUCGUGUAGUAUAAGAUAUCAGAAC